AUGAGCUCCGCGCCCGGCCCGCCCCGGGAGCCGCCGCGCUACCUCAGCCGGGCGGAGGCCGAGGCCAUGGAGAAGGAGCUGCUGGAGGAUUAUCGCUUCGGGCGGCAGCAGCUGAUCGAGAUCUGGGGACACGCCUGUGCCGUGGCUGUCACCAAGGCGUUCCCGUUGCCGUCGCUGCCGCGCCGCCAGCCCACGCUGCUCGUGGCGUGCGGGCCGGCGCAGAACGGCGCCAUCGGGCUGGUGUGCGCCCGCCACCUCCGCAGCUUUGGUUACGAGCCCACCAUCUUCUACCCCAAGCGCUCCCCGGAGCCGCUGCACCGCGACUUCACCACGCAGUGCGAGAAGAUGGACAUCCCCUUCCUGUCCUACCUGCCCACCGAGGUGCAGCUCAUCGACGACGCCUACAACGCCGUGGUGGACGCGGUGCUGGGAGCCGAGGGCAGCGAGGGGCCGGAGCCCUGCGCGGCCAUCCUGGGCACGCUCCGGCUGCUGCGCAUCCCCAUCGUCAGCCUGGAUGUCCCCUCAGGGUGGGCGCCCGGCCCGGCCAGCGGGGACAUCAGCCCGGCCGUGCUGGUGUCGCUGGCGGCGCCCCAGGAGGUGACGCGGCGCUUCCAGGGACGGCGACAUUUCCUGGCCGGGCGCUUCGUGCCCGAGGAGCUGCAGCGCAAAUUCGGGAUCGGCCCCCGGCACUACCCGGGCAGCGACUGCGUGGUGGCCCUGUGAGCCCAGAGACCACCGGGACCCCAAAAAUCCACCCGGGACCCCAAAAACCACCCUGUGACCCCAGAGACCACCGGGACCCCAAAUAAAUCCACCCUGUGACCCCAAAAA